GCGUGGCUCAACUGUACCCCACGUCCGGCCUGGGGUAAUUGUGGCUGAAGCUCCUUUGACGGAAUGGGCAUUUGUACCGAGGCGAUCAAUCACAUGGAAAGAUGAUUGCGGUUAUGAUGUACAUCUCGUCCUACUGUACCUUCGUACAGAGGGUGGUUGAUCAUCUCUCUACUAUCCUUCCAUUCCUCCCAUCUCCUCUCCCAGUAGUCAAACACUCGAUUCAAGAUCUUGAAUUGCACCCAUUUGUCGUACCGAUCUAUGCUUCAAUGAUUAUGACCGGCCCUAUGCGACCCAUGGCCACGUCGCUUCUUUUACUGGUCUAUUCCUGAUUGACGUCACGCGUCAGCCGAAGAUGGCGGUACAGUCAACCCUUCGCCAUUCGGCGUCCGAAGACAUCCUCGUGGCUUUCAUCGACAAGUACAAGAAACUCGUAAAAGAUCGCUUUCGACGGACUUCGCGCCGAACGAAACUUAUCGCGACCCUCGCCUUAGCUUUGUCCAUUGUCCUUGGCGCUGAAGGGAGUCGGAGAUGGUGGAAGCGAAGACGACAGGAAAAGGAGCAGGGCCGUAAGCUUGUGCGUACCAAUUCCUGGCUAUUAGGGAAAGACGGGUCACGGACGAUAUACGUUCCCUAUAAGGAUGGCACUUCUAAAGUAGUCAUCCACAGGACGAAGCCUUUGACUUUUGAAGCGCAUCGUCGCCUUUUCCUGAACCCGCCCAAGGUUUCUGGGCUUGGCGAUGGAACCGUCCCGUCUGCGCAAACGAAACCUGGCCUGAACCUCGCUUUCCUCCACCAGUUUCUGAGCUUGAUGAGCAUCAUGAUCCCCCGAUGGACGAGUAAAGAGGCUGGGCUGCUGGUUAGUCACGGCGUUUUCUUAAUGCUGCGUACAUACCUUUCGCUGGUGGUAGCCCGGCUCGAUGGCGAGAUCGUUCGUGACUUGGUUGCGGGCAAUGGACGACUAUUUCUUUGGGGAAUAGCUAAGUGGUGUGGAUUGGGUGGCUUUGCUGCUUACACUAAUUCGAUGAUCAAAUUUCUCGAGUCCAAGGUGUCAAUUGCCUUCCGCACACGAUUAACGCGAUAUAUCCAUGACUUAUAUCUCAAUGACAAUCUGAACUAUUACAAACUAUCGAACUCGGACGGCGGCGUCGGUCAAGGUGCAGAUCAAUUCAUUACCCAAGAUCUCACUCUUUUCUGCGCUUCAGCCGCGAACUUGUACUCCUCACUUGGUAAACCAUUUGUUGAUCUUUGCGUCUUCAACUACCAGCUGUACCGCUCUCUAGGCCCUCUAGCUCUGACUGGUCUUCUGAGCAAUUACUUCCUUACCGCAAGCAUUCUCCGAAGGAUGUCUCCACCCUUUGGAAAACUGAAGGCGGUGGAAGGUCGCAAGGAAGGCGAUUUCCGAGGCUUACACGCUCGUUUAAUAGCCAACGCCGAGGAAGUUGCCUUUUACGGCGGCGCCGAAAUGGAGAAAACUUUCCUCAACAAGGAGUUCAAGUCACUGAAGAAUUGGAUGGAGAGCAUAUACAUGCUCAAGAUUCGGUAUAAUAUCCUCGAGGAUUUCAUUCUCAAGUACAGUUGGAGCGCGUAUGGUUAUCUUUUGUCCUCUCUUCCUGUUUUCCUGCCAGCCUGGGGUGGACUCGGAGGCGCUAUGGAAAUGAUCGAAAGUGCUGAGAGAGGUGGCCGUGAGCGCAAUCGUAUGAGAGAAUUCAUCACUAAUAAACGCCUCAUGCUCUCGCUCGCCGAUGCCGGUGGCCGCAUGAUGUACUCUAUCAAAGAUCUCGCCGAGUUGGCCGGAUACACAAGCCGAGUGUAUACUCUCAUAUCAACUCUUCAUCGGGUUCAUGCGAAUGCAUACUUCCCCCGUGCUAGUGGAAAUGAGCUCUAUUCACUAUCAGAUGUACAAGGAACAAUUCAGAAGGGUUUCGAUGGCGUUCGACUAGAGCACGUGCCUAUUGCUGCGCCUGGUCUUUGGCCUCAGGGAGGCGAAGAACUACUUGAGUCCCUUUCAUUGAUUGUCCGCCGAGGGGAACACUUACUGAUUUCGGGCCCCAAUGGAAUCGGCAAAAGCGCUAUUGCAAGAAUUCUCGCGGGCUUAUGGCCGGUAUAUCGCGGAUUAAUCAGUCGACCAAAAUCGAUCGGUCAGGACGGUAUCAUGUUUUUACCUCAGAGACCUUAUCUGAGUAUCGGUACGCUCCGCGAUCAAGUCAUUUACCCCGAUGGCGAGCUUGAUAUGCGGCUCAAGCGCAAGUCUGAAGACGAUCUGAAGCGGGUCCUAGAUGCGGCCAAGCUUGGAUACUUACCUGAUCGCGAGGGCGGAUGGGACACACGAAAAGAAUGGAAAGAUGUGCUUAGCGGUGGCGAGAAACAGAGAGUCGGUAUCGCACGAUUGCUCUACCAUGAGCCUCAAUAUGCCAUCGUUGAUGAGGGUACGAGCGCAGUAUCCAGCGAUGUCGAGGGACUCCUGUACGAAACCUGUAAGGAGAGGGGCAUCACUCUGAUCACUAUAUCAACUCGAGCCUCCCUCAAGAAGUAUCACACCUUCAACCUCGUUCUGGGUCUAGGUGAUAAUGGUGAUGAAUGGGAAUUCGAGCGUAUUGGAACCGAGCGCGAAAAGAUGCAGGUUGAGCGAGAGCUGCAGGAGCUCCGCGAACGACUCUCACAAGUAGACCAGUGGAGGCAGCGUCGUGAAGAGAUCGAGAAAGAACUAGCUCAAGUCUGGACUGAGAAGAACGACGCUCCCUUAGAUCCACCUUCGUACAUCGGAGAUUCUGAACAGGUUUCUGAUGUUACUCGGGCGGAAGCAACCGAGUCUUGAGGAUGUCGAUACCAUCUACAGAGUACCUAGAUACUAUAUACUAUAAAUGUACAAAAGUUAUAGAAAAAAGAGUCGAAUUUUACAUUGCUAAAGACUAAGAUUGCCAUUUCUAAUACGAUUUCAGGAUGAUGU